AUGUUUAAAAGAGUUUGCGUAUAUAUAAAUUUCUUUUGUAAAUAUAAAAAACGUUUUUUUAGUAAUAAAUUAGUAAACAUAGGAAUUUUAGCACAUAUUGAUGCAGGGAAGACGACAAUAUCUGAAGAUAUAUUAUAUCAAUCUAAAGAGAUAAAGGUUAAGGGUAAUAUAAAUGAUCAGAAUACACAAUUAGAUUUUUUAAAACAAGAAAGAGAAAGAGGAAUAACUAUUAAGAGUGCUUAUUCAUGUUUUGAAUGGAAUAAAAUAAAAGUAAAUUUAAUUGAUACACCUGGACAUAUAGAUUUUAGUAAUGAAACGUAUAUAUCAUUAUGUGUAUUAGAUAAAUGCAUUAUUGUUAUAGAUUCUAAAGAAGGAGUACAAAUUCAAACGAUAAAUAUAUUUAGAUACAUUAAAGAAAAUCUUCCUAUUUUUUUUUUUCUAAAUAAAAUGGAUAUAAAUCAUAUAGAUAUUGAUUCUAAUUUUUUGAGUAUAAAAACUCGAUUAACUAAAAAAGGUGUACUUAUAACAUAUCCAAUAUAUGAAAAUAAAAAAUUAAAAUAUAUAUUAGAUAUCCCUUCUAUGGUUUUAUAUUCAUAUCCACAGAUUAAUUAUGGUCAAACCUUUAUGUAUCAUUCUUACUUUUUAAAAAAUUUAUUAGAAGGAAGUAUAUAUGAAAAGAAAUUAUGUUCUCAUUUCUCUAUGAUAAAUCCUAAAUCAGAUACAUUAUCAAAAGAGAAUAAAAAUAAGAACAAUAUAAAUAUUGUUAAUGUUUUAAAUGAUGAUAUUAUAGAUUAUAUUAUAAAAAAAAGAGAAGAAAUUAUAGAAAUUUUAUGUGAUUUAGACAACACUAUUGAAUAUAAGUAUUUAAAUAAUAUACCAAUUGCAUAUGAACAUAUAAAAAAUUCUUUAUCUUCAUGUAUAGAUAAAAAGUACAUAUUUCCGAUUUUUUCUGGAAGUGCUCUGCAAUCUUAUGGUGUACAUAUAUUGUUAGAUUAUAUAACUCAUAAUAAUAAUAAUAAUAUUAUUAUUAAUGAGAAGGGGAAGGAAAAUAAGCAUGACAAAGAAGCUACUACACAUGCAAAUCCAAAUGAAACUCCUUUUUUAUCUUACGAAAAAAUAAAUAAAGACAAGUACAAUAAUAUUUAUCAAAACAAAAAAUGUGGUAACCAAUCAGAUAUGUAUCCAUCUGAUAUAACAUAUAACCAUAACAAUCUUAUAAAGAACAAUAUAAUUUUUAAUAAUAAAAAAACAUUGAACUCCAUAUAUAAAACCAUAAUAUUUAUAUUCAAAUUAUCAAAUGAAAAAAAUGGGUUCAAUACAUUCUGUAAGGUAUUUAAAGGGAAACUAACUAAAAACGCCAAAUUGCUGAAUCUUAGAAAUAAAAAAACAGAAAUAGUAAAAGGUAUUUAUAAGGUAAAAGCAGAUAGAUAUAUCACAACGAAUAUACUAGAUACUAACGAUAUUGGCAUGGUAAGAGGUUUUGAAGAUAUUAUUCUAUGUGAUAUAAUAUGUGAGAAAGUAAAUGAAAAAUCAUUGCAUAAUAAUAAUGAUUUUUCUAGUGAAGACCAAACGGUUCAAUAUAAUAAAAAAAAAAAUGAAUAUAUCCAUAGUAAUAAUAUAGAAAAUAAUUUCAAUGAGUUAUAUAACAAACAUUAUAAAGAAGAUGGAAAUAAUCCUACCAUAUUUGAAGAAAAAUAUUCACAGAAUAAUAUAUUCAAUGGACAUAAUAAUAUAUAUCUUUUCAAUGAUAUAUAUAAACUAUUAAAAGAUGAAAUAAAAAAUAAGCAAUGGUUAUAUUUUUUAAAAAGUUAUAAAAAACGGAUUAGUAAGAAUAUCAUAGUAUGUACAUGUGCUAUCGAACCAAAGGAAUAUAAAAAAGAAAAAGAAUUAAAAAAUAUUUUAAAACAAAUAUGUCUAGAAGAUAAUAGUAUCUUAGUCUUUACUGAUAAAAAUAAUAAAUUAGUUAUUGGCUCUAUAGGAAUAUUAAAUAUUGAAGUUAUUAUAGAUAAAAUAAAAAAUGAUUAUAAUAUAGAUAUCAAAACGAGUCAAGUUGAAAUAGUUCAGAAAGAAUAUAUUCAAGGAUAUUAUGAGAAUAGUAUAAAAAAAGAAAUGAAAGUUGGUUCAACUUUUUCUACUAUUAUAGUUGGAUUUAUUAUAAAAGAAAAAGAUGAAUUUAUAGAUAUUCCUAGUUAUAUCCAAGAUGUAUUAAAACAUGAAAAUAUUUCACACCUCUUAUCAUCUGAAAAAAAAAAAAAAAAUAAUGUAUCUAAUAGUUAUGAUAAUAAUAAUAUAAAUAUUGCGGAUAAGCUCGAUAAAGGUACCAAAUUGUCAUUAGAUGAUGAUAUAAAUUUUGAAGAAAAUAAAAAAAUGUAUAUAUCCACAAUAAAUGGUGGUAUGCAAAAUUAUGAUGAAGAUGAUAAUACUAACAUAUUGGAUAAUAUGGAAAUAAAAGAGAUAAAAGAAAUAAAAGAAAUAAAAGAAAUAAAAGAUAUUACAGAAAAUGAUAAAAAAAGAAAUUAUUUAUAUAAUAAUAUAAAGUUAGAAAAUUCAAAGUCAAUAUAUGAUACAAAGGGUGUAAAAAAUUGGGUUCAUAUGUAUAAUGAUAGUCAUGACAAAACAAAUUUGAAGGAUAAUAUAAAGGAAGAUGACAAUAAACAAUGUAUUGAUGAUGAAUCUGAACUCCUUUGUGAUAAUGAUGAUGAUGAUGAUAUCGAUGAAUAUCUCUUAAACUACAAUUAUGAUAAUUUAUUUGAAAGCAGUGUUACUGUUCAUAAAGAUGUAUUAUUAUACAUUGAUGAUUUAAAAAAAAUGAAUAAAAAAAAAAAAAAUGUGUAUGAUAAUAUUUUAAAUAGUUGUAUUAUAUCUUUAAGAAAUUGUUUAAGUAAUGGAUAUCAUACUAAUGGAAAUAUUAUCAAUACAGAAAUAAUAAUAAAAAACUUAAAAAUAUUUGAUAGUUCAACUACAGCUGUAGCUAAAUAUGCAUGUAAUCAUUUAUAUUAUGAAAUGAUAAAAAAAGCAAAUAUACAAAUUGUUAAUCCAUUAUCUUUAAUUCUAAUACAAACAGAUGAAGCAUAUACUGGGAUCAUUGUAAAGGAUUUAAUACAAUAUAGAAACGGUAAUAUUAUACAAAUAAUGAAAAAUAAAGAAUCAGAUUUUAAACUUAUGAAAAUAUAUGCAAUCAUUCCUGUGCAGUUUACACAUAAUUACUCUUCCAUUCUACGAUCUAUAUCUAGUGGACACGCUAACUUUCUUAUGACUUUUUGUGGUUACAAAAAAUGUUAA